AUGUUCAUCUUCCCAGUGGAAGAGGACUCGUGGCUUUUCCGCUCGUGUCUGUACUACGGCAUCCUCGUACUGCUUGCAGAGCUCUUCGUGCCGCUUGUCUUCCACCGCCGCGUGCGCUUCGAGAUCCCUCAGCUCGCUGCUGCCUACCCCGGCAGUUCCUCUGCCUCCCUCGCGUCUUCCGGACAGCGUCGACGGAAACUGCAGCAACAAGUAGCAGCGCUGCAACGGGCUCUGGCCGAGACAGACCGCGUCUGUCUCCGCAGGAAAGAGGCACUAUUUGAGGAAGGAGGCUACAAAAAGACGAUUAGCAGCAGCAGCGGCUUCUCCGUCUCUUUGUUACGUCGUCCUCGGAUUGGGUACUCCAGGGCGUUCAUUGGAGGUGAAGGGACCAAGACCUUUCCACGAAACUGA